AAAACAGCCACUCACCUGUCCCUCGGUGUGUCCCUUGCAGCCCGUUUCACCGGCCGUCCUGUAUUCCAGGAGGCCGGCAUCUUCAAUGUGGGCACCCGGCUGUGAUAAACUUGUGGCUUCACAGCCGGGUACCCACUGCGCAUGUGCGAGUAGCGCUGAGCUUCAUGAAUGGUCCUGUAGUCUUCUGGGACCUUUCACGUGUCCCAAAAAACUACAGGGAAGGCACACACCUUCCGCUUAUGAUUGUCUAGGUGAUCGGACCGGGAGUGGGAGCGGGUACUUGUCAAAUUCGGGUACCCGCCCCCCAAAGGUGCCAAUCCUUAAUGGGGAGCGGGGGAGUAGUCCUUAAAGUGUAACUUCCCCUUUUGGGUGGAAAUCCGCUUUAAG